UCUGUGCAGAGGCUGAGGUCUCUGUGCAGCUGCUGUUUCUUGAUGCUGUAAUGAUUAGCCCACACUGUCCAGUGGGUGUUGAUGACGAAUGAGCACUUGUCCCACUGCCUGAGAAGUCCUGUGAUCCUACGGGCCAAAGGCCAGGCCAGUCAUACUCUGCACGUCUUACCCUCCUCAUUCAGUUGUGACACUCGCUGCCACCUCCUACCCUCCUGUCUUUACACCCAGAUUUAAAUUCCACACAUGCCCACCCAGUUCGGAUCUCAGCCUGGCACUCAGUGCGCCUGUAGGCAAAGACGCUCUGCAGAACAAAAGCAGCAGUGUUGUUUUUUCUGCAUGACAAGUGUGGGAUGGGCAGCGGAGAUCAGUGUGCCCUCCAGGAAUCCAGGCCUUGGUGUAAACGGAGAUGGAGUUUUUGUGUACUUUAUUGGAUGAGGCGUUGUGGUCACAUAUUGCUACAUCCUGUCAUGCGGGGCCAAAUAAACUUAUCACUAAGGGUGGACUGUUCGUUUUAUUCUCCCUUGAAAGUGUGCUCCUUUGCUCAAGAGAUGUUUGAGCAGCACGGUUUUGGGCAGCACAAUGAACGUUGUAUAUUAUAUGUACCGCAGCAAAAAUAUUGGGCUAAUCUAUAAAACCAUUAUUUGGUGAAAGAGAAAUCCUGUGCCACUGGGGACAAGCUAUAAAAUCAUAAAUGACAUUGUCAUAGUCCAAGAUGUGUUCAGAUAAUUGAUCUAUUGUGCAUUUUUUAAUGCACUGUACCAUGUACAUUCCUCCUACCACAUGUAUAGAUGCAGUUUGCUAAACAAGCAUUUCAGACAACAGCAGUCUUGAUCAGCUGGAACAAUUAGAACUUCUGUGCAGUGGAUUUCUGCCUUUGUUCUUUUAUGCCAUUUCCACCCCUCCUAUCAGCUUGCAGCUCAAACUACAGUGUCUACUCUCAAUAGCCUUCUGUGUGAAAACAGAAAGGGGACAAUACAGUCCCUCUCUUCCCUCCCUCUCUCUCUCAUGCUUUUUCUCCCCGCCUCUUUCACACUGACGAGUGUAUGUCCCCUGGCAAAAACCCUGACGUCAAAGGUGGCUAUAUGAGCGUCCCUGUAGUCUUUUAUUCAGCUAGAUCAGUUUCAGAAUUGGAAGUUUAGGGAGGAGGCAUCAGGUGUUCAUGCAAAUGAGGAAAAGAGAGAGAAGAGGGACAGGAAAUGAAUGAAUGACAUCCACAGCCCUGGACAUGUGAUCAGGUGAGCACAGGACUGUGCUUGGUCUAUAACAAUAUGCGUAUGUCAAGAUCAGACACAGGAGCAACCGUCAGAGGGACAUUAAUGCGUAUUGAAUAUCUGGCACUAAAUGGACAUGAUGCAGCAGAGCAAGAAACUCCUGUACUAGUUUUUCUUUGGAUUAAUGCGUAACGGUUAUCUGAUUCUCCUGGACAAUGACUGGCAGACAAGGGAGGCAGUGGAGGUCCAUGUGCAAAGGCCUGGUCCUGGGUACAUUCCUGACAACCUGCAUGAUCCUCCUUUACUGCCUCUCCACUCCACAGAUCUACUUCACUCCACCUGAGGUUCCAGUACCUUACUCCUGUGCCCACCGUCCAUCUCAGCUCCACCCCAAACAAACAACCAACACUUCACAAAAACCUUCUGGCCAGUUCUGUUCUCCUAAAGUGGACAUCAUGUUCAUGAAGACACACAAAACAGCCAGUAGCACCUUCCUCAACAUACUUUUCCGUUUUGGAGAGAAACACCGGUUAAAAUUCGCCUUCCCACACAGCAGGAAUGACUUCUUCUACCCAUCCCUGUUUCAGCGCUCACAGGUUAAAGACUACAGACCUGGAAUGUGCUUCAAUAUUAUCUGUAAUCACUUGCGUUUCAAUGCACCGGAAGUGGCUAAGCUGCUACCAACAGACACAUCUUACAUCACUAUUCUGCGAGAUCCUGCUGAACUUUUUGAGUCAUCAUUCCACUAUUUUGGCCGACUCGUGCCUUUAACAUGGAAGAUACCAGGUGAUGAUAAGCUGACUGAGUUCCUGCUUGACCCCCACUCCUACUUUGAUCCAGAAGGCUUUAACUCUUUCUACCUCAAGAAUCUGCUGUUCUUUGACUUUGGGCAGGAUAACACUCUGCAGUUGGAUGAUCCACGGGUAGACGAAGGAAUCAAAUUAAUCUCUGGGCAUUUUCAGCUUGUCAUGUUGGUGGAGUACUUUGAAGAAUCACUGAUCCUGCUCAAGGAUACACUCUGCUGGGAGAUGAAUGACUUGCUCUUCUUCAAGCUCAAUGCCCGCAAGGGAUCCACUGUGUCUAAACUUACUCCUGAGCUGAGGGCCAGGGCUCUUGAAUGGAAUGCCAUUGACUGGAAGCUGUAUCAGCAUUUCAACCAAACAUUUUGGAGGAAGGUAGAUGCUUAUGGGCGGCAGCGUAUGGCUGAGGACGUGGCAGAGCUCAGAAGGAGGAACAAGAAGAUGGCAUCUAUAUGCAUUGAGGGGGGGCAUGCUGUGGAAGCUGGUAACAUUUACGAGACAGCAAUGCAGCCCUGGCAGCCAAUCGGAGAAAAGUCUAUUAUGGGGUACAACUUAAAGAAAAAUGCGGACAAAGCUCAUCGGAACUUGUGCCGUAAGAUGUUGACACCAGAGAUUCAAUACCUCACAGAACUUGGGGUGAACCUGUGGAUUACCAAGCUGUGGGGCUAUGUUCGAGAUCUCAUUAACUUGUGACUUGACAUGUAAGCCAGAGGGGCUAAUCCAACACUGAAAGGCUGUAUUCAAAGAAAAAUUAUUUAGACGGUGCAGCUGAUAGACUGGUUGAUCAAAAAUGUUUUGCCAUAUUUCCUUUAUCAUUUAGUUAAAUGCACAAGUAUGUACUCGUUUGUAUUAUACAUGAUUGUGCACUGUAAUGAACUGGAUGGGUUUUUGGGGUAGAAAAAAAGGUUGUUGACCUCACAAUCUAAAAAAAUUGAGAAAGUUUCCUACUUGCAGCUGAAGCUCAGUAUAGAUCUCUGUGAGUCAAUUUCAUCUAACAUUAAAAUACUCUUUCUUUCAGAUAUGUGUUUUGUAAUUGAAAAGUUAAGUAGAAUAUGAAUUUCACAACUAAUAUUGUUGAAAAUGAGAAAUAAUUUCUGUCAUCCCACAAUUUUAAGGCUGUGUGAAUACAAAGAAAGAAUUAAGCAUAACUCUUAAAUCACAAACUUUUAUAUGUUACAAUACUUGGAUACUUGUAUCGUAAAGGGCUCAGAUAUAAUGUAAAAAUGUAAGUAUUACAUCCCACUUUACUGUAUAUGGAAGUAAAAAACUUUCCGUAUUUUAUAAUAACAGAACCAAACACAUACUUCCGUGGUGCUAGACAUUGUUACAUCUCAUAACAGAAACAGGUUUUACUAAGCACAUGACACCUUUUUAGGGGCCACAAAAGCUACAUGGCAUUAAAACUAUAGUAUUAAUGGCAAAAUGAAAAUUUUAUAUAUAUAUAUAUAUGUCUGUGUAUGUGUGUGUGUGUGUGUAUGUAUGAGGAUCUAAAACAAUGAUUGUAUCGUCAUUUCUAUUAGUUUAUCAAGUAUAAACAUAUUUGUUUGCCAUUUACAAGUAACAUGACAAAUAACAUGUUAAGAAAUCAUUAAAUAAAUUAAUUUAAGCAAGUACAGCACUAUGCAAUCAAAAGGAAAACUAUGUUCCUUAUUCCUGUACUUUUCCCUGUUAAUUACAUUGGAAUAUUAAUUGAACACUGCUACAUGAUAUAUCAUAACAACACAUGCUCUCCCCAUUUAUCUUGAUGGGUAAAUGGGUAACAUGUUGGGAUUGGUUUUGUGAAUAAAAAAAUCAAAUCACUGUCAACCAGAUAAGCUAAGUUCUUUCCAGAAUAGUACUUUGGCUGUCUCUUUCAGUGUUAAUUCACCAGCUUCAUGAGCUCACUCUUUCUAUUAUAGCCUGCAGUAGCAUGAGAAAUCCAACUGAUAAAUGUAAUAUUUUCCCAUUAAUAAUCUGUGUUACUCACUUGUGUCUUCAUUCACAUCCAUUUACUGAUAUAUGUUUAUAUGCAUUCACCAUUUCCUUAAGGUGUUCAGCAUUUAUUCAUGGAUUCAUGUAUUCUUUCAUUUGCCUGCUAUUUAUUCCAUACAAUCACUGCUACCAGCAAAAUAUGAUAAUCUUUUUAUUCUCAAAAUAAACUGAAAUGCAAUAUUGCAUGUGUUAA